GCUCAUUAAGCGUUGACAGCUCAGACAACAAGCCGCAUUAAAGCAUUUUUAAUUUUCCCUUCAUGUGUACAUCACAAAAUUAAAAUUGUGUAGUUGCAUUCGAAGUGUUGGAAAGUAAACAUCGGAAAAAUAAGAAAUUUUCUGUGUGGACAACAUUUAGCAUAUUUGGCUCAUUUCAUUUGUUUAUUCACAAAACAUUGAACAAUUAUUUCAUAAGCUAUUGACGUUUCUCGGGCAUACAUACGAGUAUUCAAUUUGAGAGAAUACAUUUCAUCCAAAUCAUUUGUCGCACCACAAAUAUUACUGUUUUUUCCUUGCUAAAACAAGGCAAACCUGUAAGUCAAGCAUGGAUGCUGAAAUGGAUACACCAAUGAGUCCGGAUAAUAAUAGUGACCAGGAAAAUGUUUUAUCAAGAUCGAGCAGUCGCAGUGGAAGCCCUGGCUCGGAACCAAGGUCACGGUCGGCAUCACCAAUGAAUGACUCGAAUGAAAACAAUAAAUCGAUUGCUUCACCAAAUUCAGACCGAUCGCGAUCGGCAUCACCAUUGAAUGAAUCGAAUGAAAACAAUAAAUCGAUUUCAUCGCCUAAUUCAGACCGGUCGGGCUCGGCAUCACCAUUGAAUGAAUCAAACGAAAACAAUAAGUCGAUUGCAUCACCAAAUUCAGAUCGAUCGGAUUCGGCAUCACCAAAUCUGAAUGAAUCCAACGAAAUUUCUGAACCAAACGAGGUUCGGUCCCCAGAUGGUGAUGGUGCGCGCUCAUCAAAAUCCCGAAGCCGUUCACCAACACCGAAUGAUAAUGAUAAUAUUCGAUCGCCAAGUCGUUCACCAUCGGGUAGCCCAACAGCAGAAAGACGUAGCCGAUCACGUACACCGCGCAGUAAAACUGGCUCACCAAUUAGUCGAACAGGCUCACGAUCUCGUAGUGGAAGUGUAGCAUCAAAACGUAGUGGGUCGGCUCGUAGCCGAAGUGGCUCACACCGAAGUUGCAGCAAAAGUCGAAGCCGCAGCCGCAGCGGUUCACGUCACAGCAAAAGUCGAAGCCGCAGCCGCAGCGGUUCACGUCACAGCAAAAGUAGAAGCCGGAGCCGCAGCGGUUCACGUCAUAGCAAAAGUAGAAGCCGGAGCCACAGCGGUUCACGUCACAGCAAAAGUAGGAGCCGUAGCCGUAGCCGAAGUGGAUCAGCUCGUAGUGGUUCUGCAAGAAGUAGAAGUAGAAGUAAGAGCUCAGUCUCUUCAAGUGGUUCCCGCUCAAGUAGAAGCCGAAGUAGAAGCCGUAGUCGUAGUGGUUCUCGCCGUAGUCGGAGUGGAACACCAAGAAGCAGAAGUCGCUCACAUUCUCGGUCACGUAGCGGUAGCGCAGCAUCAAAUCGCAGUGGCUCACCUGUUCGUAAAAAACGUGCACUUUUGAGUGAUUCCGAGGACGAAGGUGCAACUAGUGCUCAAGCGGUUAAGCGAGCCAAAAUCAUCGAUUCAGAUAAUGAAGAAGAAGAAGCGACAGCUGGCCAAGGUGAUGCAAAUCAAGUACAUCAAGCAACGGGAGACGGUGGAGAAAGUUCAGAUGAAGGUGUCACAAAUGAUGUUGGUCACGGGGAUAAUGAGUUUGUCAAUGAUUUCGAAGCAAUGUUGGCUAAAAAACGUGAAGAUAGCUCAAAACGACGAAAACGACGUGAUAUUGAUAUCAUUAACGAUAAUGACGACAUUAUCGAUCAACUCAUUCAAGAUAUGCGUGCAGCAGCUGAGGACGAUCGUGAAUUGAAUUUACAACAAAAACCGGCUACCAGAAAGAUUUCCAUGCUAAAAAUGGUGAUGUCACAAUUGAUUAAGAAAGACUUGCAACUGGCGUUCAUCGAACACAAUAUAUUAAACGUUUUAACAGAUUGGUUGGCACCGUUGCCAAAUCGAAGUUUACCAUGUUUACAAAUUCGUGAAAGCAUCUUAAAGUUACUCUCUGAUUUUCCACCAAUAGACAAAUCAUAUCUUAAGCAAUCCGGUGUCGGAAAAGCAGUUAUGUACUUGUAUAAACAUCCAUCCGAAACGAAAAAGAAUCGUGAACGAGCUGGUCGAUUGAUAUCAGAAUGGGCCCGGCCAAUAUUCAAUUUAAGCGCGGACAUGAGUUCGUUGACACGUGAAGAACGUUUGCAACGUGAUUUAGAGCAAAUGCCACGAAAACGGCGCACAAGCCCGGAACCGGGAACAAGCACAAAGAAAAAAGAAUUGACAUCGUUCACAACCGAAGAACGUCAACUGCGUCCAGGUGACAAAGGAUGGGUUAGUCGUGCACGAGUACCACUACCAUCAACCAAAGACUAUGUUGUCCGGCCUAGAUCUACCGUUGAUAUUGACAUGAGUCGCAUUGAAAAAAAGAAGCCCAAUCGAUAUGAAAAGCAUCUGAAGAAAUUUAUUGAUGCAAAAAGGUUAAAAGGAUCACGGCGAGCCGUCGAAAUCUCAAUCGAAGGACGAAAAAUGUCAUUGUAAAUUAAAUAUUGUAUUUGGAUAGAAAAUCGUUUGCGAACUGAAUCCGUUUAAAAAAAAAUAAUAAUGUUAAUUCUAAGUAGAUCAUAAACAAACUCACACACAAUUUAAUGAGGUAGAAACUGUAUUUUCUAUUUUAAAGAAAAAAACCCGAUUAUACAAAUGUGAACAAAUGAAUUGAAAAUAAAUUCAUAAUAUUUGAACAGAACCUUGUGGCAA